AGCAGCGGCAGCAGCAGCAGCAGCAGCAGCAGCAGCAGCAGGCGGACUGGAUGCCUUGUUCCAGGCCGCUCCGCUAGGCCCUAGCAGCAUGGGCGGAGCCUGGGUGGGGAGAGACAGCACGGAUUGGACCCUUCCCCUCAGGACGGGCGCGCUGGCGGGUCACCCUCCCUCGGCUUCAGAUGGGCGAGGACGCUGAGAGCCCCAAAAUCAACCACACCUUCCUGCGAGACUACGUCACCGAAGCUGAUGUCAUCUCUACGGUGGAGUUUAACCAGACGGGGGACCUGCUGGCCACUGGGGAUAAAGGUGGCCGAGUGGUCAUCUUCCAGAGAGAGACAGAGUCGAAAGGGGAGCUGGAGGAGGUGGGGGAGACGGGGGACUCUGGGGAGUACAAUGUCUAUAGCACGUUCCAGAGCCACGAGCCGGACUUUGACUACCUGAAGAGUCUGGAGAUUGAAGAGAAGAUCAACAAGAUCAGAUGGCUGCCACAGCAGAACGCAGCACACUUCCUCCUCUCCACCAACGAUAAGACCAUUAAACUGUGGAAGGUGAGUGAGAGAGACAAGAGGCCAGAGGGAUACAACCUGAAAGAUGAGGAGGGACGGCUCAAGGACAUCUCUACCAUCACCUCUCUGCAGGUGCCGGUGCUGAAGCCUACAGACUUGAUGGUAGAGGUUCGACCCAGGCGAGUCUUCUCCAACGGACACACCUACCAUGUCAACUCCAUCUCGGUCAACAGCGACGGGGAGACCUACCUGUCUGCCGAUGACCUCCGCAUCAAUAUGUGGCACCUGGGCAUCACGGACCGCAGCUUCAAUAUUGUCGACAUCAAACCAGCCAACAUGGAGGACCUGACGGAGGUGAUAACAGCAGCAGAGUUCCACCCUCACCACUGCCACUUGUUUGUGUACAGCAGCAGCAAGGGUACCCUGCGCCUCUGCGACAUGAGAGCCUCCGCACUCUGUGACAAACACACCAAACUGUUCGAGGAGCCUGAGGAUCCUGGGAGCCGGUCCUUCUUCUCAGAGAUCAUUUCCUCCGUGUCGGACGUCAAGUUCAGCCACAGUGGACGCUACCUGCUGACCAGAGACUACCUCACCGCCAAGGUGUGGGACCUGAACAUGGACAAGGGCCCCGUGGAGACAUACCAGGUCCAUGAGUACCUACGGAGUAAGCUGUGCUCCCUCUAUGAAAACGACUGCAUCUUCGACAAGUUCGAGUGUGUUUGGAACAGCUCAGACAGCGUCAUCAUGACAGGGGCAUACAACAGCUUCUUCCGGAUGUUUGACAGGGAGACAGGCCGAGGCGUAACCCUGGAGGCGUGGAGGGAAAGCAGCAAGCCUCGGGCUGUGCUGCGGACCCGGCGAGUGUACACCGGUGGUAAGCGUCGCCGUGGAGACGUGGGCGUCGACAGCCUGGACUUCACCAAGAAAAUCCUGCACAUGGCUUGGCACCCAUCUGAGAACAUCAUCGCCAUAGCAGCCACCAACAACCUGUACAUCUUCCAGGAUCGCGUCAACCCCGAUCACACACAGUGACAGAUGUACGGAUAGCGGCAGACGCGAUGCUUUUAUCAGCUGUCACAGACGGCGACCCAAAUAUAUUUGGAUGUCUAAGAGAAGGCGUGUGGGGCGGACGGCCCACAUGAGCAGUCAAAGCCAAGCUGUUUCCAAAAGCAUGCUGAGAUGCAAUAUCUGUUUGUGUUGAUAAAAGAUCGGAUUCGCGAUAAAAAUGACUGUUAAUUCAUUUGACCCCCGAGAAAGGUGUAUAAUCACUUCUGUCUUGACACUUAUAUGAACUGACGUCUCCAGCACCCAUCAGGACAUGUUUUUGGUCCCACUACUCCCACUUUUUGAAAAAUGUUUGCGUAACUGUCCCACUGUAGUGGCAGGAAAAGAGGUGCGGGGACACCUCUCCAUCUGCAUUGACUCAGUGCUGUUGACCACACGAUGUUGCACUUAAAACACAAACAGGCCGAAGACGCACGAUGGGAAGCAACAGAAGAGGAAUGAUCGAGACGUUUAGAUCGCAGAUUCCCGCUGACUUUGCUAGACAGUGCAUAUAAAACUAAGCAUUUCUUUUUUUCUUUUUUUUUUUCACGAUUGUGGAACAUCAUGAGAGGUGUUAUUGUACAGCUCCUCACAGCAACAUCCUCAACCAUUUGUUCUUUUCUCUCUAUCGAGCGACAACAACAGCUGAACCUCUCCUACGGAGCAGUGCUCUUGGAGAUUGCACGCAUAAACGACCCAACAUCUUUGCCCUAUUCACUUUGCAAUAACAGCACUAAGGAAAACACAGUGCAGCAGUAUCCCUGCUUCGAAACAUGAGUUCUUCUUCUACAGGUAUACACUCUUUGUACUUACUGCUGUAAAUAUUCUGUGUUCUUUCUUUUUUUUAAAGGCGGUACCAAUUUUGGUUCCAGAGAGCUAAACGAUGUAUUUUGUCUAGUACACUGCAGAUGAAUCAUGGGAUCUCAUGUAUAGAGGUUGCCAAAUCACACUAUUACAGUUAGAGACUAAAUGCGGGGGAGUAUUGCUGGCUGUAGAGAUAGGCUGAGGGGUGGGUUGUGCACAAACCAGCUGUUUUGUCAUGUGUAGUAAGCUUUGAUUGCUGUAUCAAGGCCAUUUUCUUGUCUAAAGUCUACAUACAGAUGAGGUAAAUUACUGAAAAUGAGGGUGGCCAUAUGUUCAAGCUGAACUCCCUUCCCACAUGUUCAAUUUGGCACUGAUUGGCGAUUAAAUCUAACGUCAGACUAAAAUUUAAUUUGAGUUUAGUGUUAUGCUAAUUUGAAAUGAGCGGCGUUCAUUUUAUAUAAUGCAUAAGCACAUAUUGAAGUUGUCUCUUCCAAUCAAGUAAAAAAAAAAAAAAAGGAUGGAAUUUAAGCACAUUGUUCUCAAAUGAGGCCCGUGAUUCAGAUAAUCAAAGUCUUGCUGAGUGUGUUUGUGUCCAGUGUAUUUGGAGGUCAGAGGUCAUCAUCAGUGCAAUAGCUCAUUAUGUACAUUGCUGAAAUGUCUUUAACAUUAAAACGAUAAACGUCAUGUGAAUUUAUCAUACCACAGGUUCUAAAUGUCAUCAUACCAUAUACCUCACAGUGCCACAUGCCACUCUAUGGAGCGACCCUGAAAGAAACAGGGCGUACAGCAGUAAGGUGAUGUCUGUGCUGGACUGAAUCGCGUGACUUGGUCAAGAUCUGAUUGUUUACAGUGAAGUGCUUUGCUUUCAAGUGACCUUGGCCCUGACGGGAAUCACUGCGAGUGGUUCAGACUUGUACUGUAGCAGGCGGAGUGGGUGCAAAGUGUCGAGUUCCUUUGCACUUUUUGUUCAAAAUCUGACAAGUACUCAACAACAGUUUCACUGUGUAAACCUCAAGCUACCAAGAAAAGAAGAAAACUGUUAAUAUAUGUGUUCCACUUGUCUGCUCUCUUCUCACAUUUCACCUCAUUUCGGUUUCAAAGGCACUGUUCGCAGACAUUUGCGUUGCAGCUUGUGGGCUACUACUGUGUCUCCGUCUUCACUGUCCGCCGCUGUUGUUGAACGCAGACAUGGUCUUGCACUGAUUUGUUCAACGAGGUGUACAAAAAACACAGCAGAAUGCAAAAUGACAACCCGCAAGAAAAUGGUUUUUCACAGUGACAGGCCACCAUGAGCGUUAUGGAAAUCCCGGGGCUGAGUCGUCUAACAGUGGAGCUGUAGUUUAGAGCAGGUCAGUUGUAAUCUCAUCAUAGCCACCACCACCACCACAACCAGUGAGAGGAUUUGUGUUCAGGAGCACAGCAGCAGCAGCAUGUUGCCAUUACUCAAUGCUACUAGCGUGUAUAUCUAUCAUACUUAAAAAAAAAAAAAAAAAAAGACAAAUCUAACAAUACAGAAAACAUAACUCAAAUGAGGUGAAUGAAAGGAAUGUGCAUUAAUAAAAUAAUGUGAAAUCGGA